AGUAUCACACAGUGAAUGCGACAAUGAUUGGGUUGUUUGUAAUUGCGUUUAUAGUCCUGUUUGUUUUUAUUUAUUAUGAAGAUAUUAAAGGUUUCAUAGUUGCCACAAUAUAUAUGCAUAAAUUACCAGAACCAAAAGCCAAUUUUUUUUUCGGAAAUAUCUCUUCGUUUCUUGACACACCUGAAAACAUAUUCAAAAUUUUGCGAAAAUGGGGGACCGAUUAUUAUCCAAUAUAUCAUACGUGGGUUGCCCACAUGUCAGCUGUCAAUAUCGUAAAUCCUUAUGAUUUUGAGAUUAUUAUGUCUAAUAUGAAACACAAUACGAAGGGAUACUUUUAUCACAUGUUUCAUAACUGGUUAGGUACAGGACUAUUAACCAGCGAAGGAAACAAGUGGCAAGAAAGAAGGAAAAUUUUAACGCCAGCUUUUCAUUUUAACAUAUUGAAAGAAUUCAUUAAAGUUUUUGAAGCAGAAACAAAAAAUUUAGUUGAUGUACUAAUGAAAGAAUCCCAUAAGCCCUACGUUGCUAUAACCGACUUAAUUUCUGAUUUUACUUUAGACACCAUAGGCGAAACUGCAAUGGGAACAAACUUUAAAGAAGAGGACAUAAAAGUUAGCGGGAGAGACUAUAAAAAGGCUAUUCAUGAAAUUGGAAAACUAUAUGUUUACAGGCUAAGUCGCCCGUGGUUGUUGUAUAAUUUGUUGUAUGUUUUUGUCCCGCAAUAUUUCAAGGAAAAAAAAUUAGUUAAAACUUUACACACUUUCACUACUAAUGUAAUUUCAAACAGACAAAAGAACUUUAGAACGACGAAAACAGAAAGUGAAGUAGAUUUUUCUUAUUCUAAACGCAAACGUCUAGCCAUGUUGGACUUACUUCUCACUGCUAAAAAACAAGAAGGCUGCAUUGACGACGACGGCAUUAGAGAAGAAGUAGACACUUUUAUGUUCGAAGGACACGACACCACGUCUGUGGCUAUUUCUUACGCUCUCAUGUUAAUCGCUUGCCAUCGCGAUAUACAAGACAGAAUUUAUGAGGAAAUACAGCAAGUAGUCACUGAUUCAUCUCAGCUUGAUUACCAAACCUUGCAAGAACUUAAAUAUAUGGAAAUGUGCAUUAAAGAAGUUCUACGAAUGUACCCCAGUGUGCCCUUCAUUGCCCGAAUCUUAGGAGAAGAUAUAAAAACGCACAGUGGUCACAUCUUAAAAACUGGUUCUUUGGUCCAGCUUCAUAUCUAUGACGUACAUUACAAUCCUGACAUUUACCCAAAUCCCAAGACAUUUGAUCCAGAUCGGUUUUUGCCGGAAAAUAGUCAAAAUCGACACAACUUUGCAUAUGUGCCUUUUAGUGCUGGACCAAGAAAUUGCAUUGGACAAAAAUUUGCAAUUUUGGAAAUCAAGACUGUAUUGUGUGGUAUUCUUUCGGCAUUUAUUUUGGAACCGGUUGACACUCCAGAGACUGUUGAAUUAAUUACCGAUGUUGUUCUGAGGAGUAAAGAUAACAUCAAAGUGAAGUUUGUUCCAAGAAAAACUGUCUACUAAUUUAAAAUAAGACAGUUUUUGUUGUUCUGAAGUAUUUUGCUCUUCUUAAUAAAGUUUUAGACCCA